AUGGAUCAGUACCAUGUUUUGCAUCCCAUUGGAGAAGGUUCCUUUGGUAAAGUCUACAAGGGUAGAAAGAAGGGCUCUGGUCAAAUCGUUGCUCUCAAGUUCAUCACUAAAAGAGGUAAAACAGAGAAAGAGCUAAAUAACUUGAGAUAAGAAAUUGAAAUCCUCAAAGGCCUCUAUCAUGAGAAUAUCAUCUUGCUCUUGGAUUCUUUUGAAACCUCUCACGAGUUCUGCGUGGUCACUGAGUUCGCUUAGGGAGAGCUCUUCGAGAUUCUUGAGGACGAUAGGAACUUGCCAGAAGCAGAAGUUAGAAAGAUAGCUCAGCAGCUUGUGCAUGCUCUCUACUACCUCCAUUCUCACAGAAUCAUUCAUAGAGACAUGAAGCCUUAAAACAUUCUCAUAUCUGCCAAUGGCAUAGUCAAGCUUUGUGACUUCGGUUUCGCCAGAUCAAUGUCAACCAACACUAUUGUUUUAACAUCAAUCAAGGGUACUCCCUUGUACAUGGCUCCAGAACUGGUGCAGGAGUUGCCUUACAAUCACACAGUCGAUCUUUGGUCACUCGGAGUUAUCAUCUACGAGCUCUUCGUAGGAACUCCACCCUUCUACACCAACUCAAUUUACACCUUGAUUCAUCUCAUUGUGAAGGAUCCAGUCAAAUUCCCAGACAACAUGAGUCCAGAAUUCAAGUCUUUCCUUCAGGGGUUACUCAACAAAACACCAAGUGAGAGAUUGUCGUGGCCUGAACUUCUAUAACACCCAUUUGUUAGAGAAACAGAUCAGGAGAAGAAGGAUAGAAAGCUUAGAACUGAGUUCUACAAUCAGUGGGCUGCUUCAGUUCAUCACUCUGGAGGCAAGCAGUUGAAGGCUGAGAUCUUUGAGAUUGAAGAGUUGCCCAAUCCAGGCUAGGCUGACAAAGCCAAGGGCGCAGGAGCUGAUAAAGCAUUCGUAAAUGACAAGCAUCUACCUAACUUUGACUUCGAUAACUACCCAACUGUUGCUGCAGAUGACGAUGGAAUGAAUUCUCCUAGGAUUGUGGAUGAACAAUGGCAGAAGUUCGAAAAAUAAUCUUAAGACGAGAUGGGAGCUACAAAUUUGAGGCAUGAAUCCUAGUUGCUUGAUAGAAUCAUUGGAGUUUUCUAAAUGACACCUUAAGAAUUAAAGUAGAAAGAUAAGAAAUCAGCUCUCUAGGUAGGACUCAAAGUCUUAGCCAACAUUCUCACAAAGGGCACAUCUGAAGACUAAAACUAAGAUAUCACUAAGAGUUCAUCUUUGCCCACAUUGCUGAUUCAAAUGCUUAAAAACCUCAUGAAGAGUGACAUCAAAAUGCCAGAACUCUUAUCAGACCUUGUAAAGAAUGUUGCCUUGCUUGGGAAGUCUAACUUCAACAAGCAGAUAGGCAUAGAAACUAUAGUCAUGAAAGUGUUCAUUCCUUUGAUCCCAAUCCUGAUAAAAGACAGUUCUAGUCCUCAGCUUCAAAUUAGUGCUUUGAAGUCACUUGGUAUAUUUGCAAGUUAAGCCAGCAUCAUUCCCAUCAGAAUGUAGAAUUUCUACAAAGAUCUUAUCGAUUAAAGGCUGAUCGCAGAUAUUUGCCAGAUUGUGUAAAGCGUAGGUCAAGUAGCCACUCCCUUGCAAAAGGUAGCAGUUUAAGUUCUGUCUGUAAUCAUUAAUCCUAUAUAUGGUGAUACCUACUCUUUCCCUUGGAAGAGAGGUCCUCAUGAUAACUUGAACGAGUAUCUUGAAGCUCUCCCCAGUUUUGACCAAGUUAGGCAAGUGGCUUUCUAGCACCUAGCAGAAUUCGAUUUCUUGUAAAAGCUGGUCAUGGUCUUCAACUCAGAAGAUGAAAACUAGCAUGUUGUGACUAAAGUUGCAGUGCUAAGAAUAAUUACUCAGCUUUUGAGGUUAAAGAAGGAGACUUCAGACACUGUUGCAGACAUGAUUAUCAACCACAACUAGACUAUGCAGUACUUAAAUAACAGCAUUUUCAACUCAAAGGAUGGACUCAUUCAGGCUUGCUCGAUUUAAAUCUAUGGAUUGUUGCAAAAGUUCUUGAUGACCAUUAAGAAAGACCCAAUUGUAGUUUUGAGGUUGGAUCAUGCCAAGAUAGUAGACUUGUUUGAGAAGAAUGUGGGAGCAUCAGGAGAGUCAUUAGUUGCAGUUACUGCUUGUGGAGUCCUUUCAGACAUAUUAUCAUUGGAGAAUUAGGCUUCUUUCAUCAUUCAGUAAAAACUCUCACAAGUGAAUUCACUUUCACUUCUCUAGCAACUGCUUGAUGUUAAUAAGAACAAAAGCGACAUCAAGAAGAUUGAUGGAACUAAUUUUGGAGUGCCCUACGUAGGAUACUACGACCAGCCAUUGAGUCUACUUCAAAAGUUACUAGUUAAAUGGCAAGUUGAUCAGAAAAUGAACAAUGCAGCUAAGGACAAGAAGAAUGAUUUGAUGAGUUCAAUCAACACCAUCAACAUUGGCGACACAGUAAUGAAUUUCCUGCUAAAUUUGACCUCAAAAACUGAUCUUUCACCAAGAGGCUUUAUAGCAAUGAUGAAUUUCAUUCACGAUAUGGUUGCUAAUGAUUAAAAGCCAUUCAUGUAGAAAAUGUUCAAAAACUGCCUCAAACUCAAGUGCUCACUAAUGAGAGAUGAUUAACUCCUAGCAGUAUAAGAGUGGCCAUAGUUUGCUGGUGGCGGUCAAGCUGCCUCGUCUAUGAUAACUACUCAAAUUUUGAGAAUAUUCAAUAUUCCUUUCAACAAUCCCAUCUAUGAUAAGGAUGUAGAUCAAAUUUCAAAUGACUUGGCAAAAGCAGACAUCAUCUACUUGACUUUGAACUCCUUGAAAUACGUGAGCAAGGAAAAUAUCUCCAUUGCAGUGACAUUGAUCUCAAGAUUGGUUUUCAACGCUGAGUCCUCUAAAGUCUUUGCCUAGUAAUUCGUUUAAGGUGGGGGUCUAGCCAAUAUUGCUAAGUAUAAACUGCUUGCCGAAGACAACUCAUCAGCUCUGAUUGUUGACACACUCUCAUUAAUAUCUCAGCUAGCUAGAAUUUCUAAGGAUUUCUAUGAGAAUAUCCAUCAAGCCAACAUUUACAAUGAUUUGAAGGCACUUAUUUAUCACAAAGAUGCUUCAAUUAGAGCUAAAGUCUGCAAUUUGAUUGGAAAUCUUUGCAGACACACUGGAUUCUUCUAUGAAAAGCUCUUAAAGCAUGGACUUAUCUCAGCAGCUAUUGAGUGCUGCCGCGACUCUGAUAGAAACACCAGAAAGUUUGCUUGUUUCGCAGUAGGAAACGCUGGCUUCCACAAUGAUGUGCUCUAUGAGCAUUUGAAGCCAUGUGUGCCCCUUCUAGUCGACUUGCUUAAAGAUCCAGAAGAGAAGACCAGAGCUAAUGCUGCUGGUGCUCUUGGUAACUUUGUCAGAAAUUCCAACGCUUUGUGUAAAGAUCUGAUUAAGCAUGGCGCACUCAGACAGCUACUUGAUGUAGUCGGCACUGACAAAGGACCAUCUUAAAGUCCAAGAAGAAUUGCCCUCUUCUCCAUUGGCAACCUUUGUGUCUACAAGGAGUGCAGAGUUGAAUUUGAAAAGAUGGGUAUCAGAGCAAUUAUUGAUCCCUACACUCAGCAAGCAACUAGCAAUGAUCCUCAAGUCAUUAAGUAUGCUGCAAGAAUUAUUCAGAAACUUAAUAUGGAUUAACCCUAAUGA